AUGCACGCUUCAUUCUUCACCGCCGGACUCGUUGCGCUCGCUGCCAUUGCCUCAGUUGUGUCUGCUCAGAGUAUCCUCCCCACCAAUUGUGACCGCAAUGUAACUGUUCGAGCUAUGGAUACAUGUGACGGGAUCUCCGCAGUACAGAGCGUUUCAACAUACCAGCUGACGGCAGCCAACGAGGGAACCAUUGACCCCGGUUGUGAUAAUUUGUUUAUCGGACAAAUCAUAUGCCUUGGACUCAGCGGCCAGGAUUGUGAUGUUACCCAUGUUAUGGGGGCCGGCGACACGUGCCAAAGCGUUGCCGAUGCGGCUGGCAUCCCGAUCAGCACUUUGCUCACAAACAACCCAAACGUGAACAGCAACUGCGAUAACGUGUACACUGGCGAGGUUCUCUGCACUGCGAGCCAGAUCUAUGUGAAGGCCGCCUAA